AUGGCCUAUUCAACUGGUGCUACCACCUCACGACCAGGUGAGACAGCUCGUACAAUUGAGUUUGAAUUACAAAAGAAUGGCCCAUACAUCUUGGCUGGUCUCGGUGUUAGCGGUGGUCUCCUUCUAUUAGCUAACCGCAAUAUUCCUGCCAUUGGUAUUCCUAUCCUUUCGUCGGCUGCCGAUCGUGUUGCUUAUGCUCUCCGAUGGACUGGUCUUGAAGGACUCUCCAUGGUUACAGCCGUUUGGUGUGUGAUCGGUGUUCGUGCUAAAUAUGGAAUUGAACCAGCAUCAUCCGAAGGAAAUCAUCAUUUACAAAUCACUCAACGAAUUUUAACAAAUACAACCGAAUCAUUCUUGGCUUUCACUGCAGCUAAAUUAGCUUUAGCUUCAGUUCUCGAAUCCAAUAAUCUUCGUAUUAUUCCAGCUCUCUCCGGCCUCUUCAUUCUCGGCCGUUACACAUUUGAUGCUGCUAUUAAUCAUCCAGCACGUACAUUUGGUUAUACAAUCAAUGCAGUUGCUACAUUUACUGCCUAUGGUCUAUUUCUUUACAAGCUUUUCUCCAGUGGUCUUCAUGCUAAUCUUCUUCCAUUUUCACUCCGUUAA